AGUUCACCGCUGAGCCCGCGGCCGGCAUCAUGGCAUCGCUGGCCGACCGAGUGCGGGGCCACGGGCGGAUCGCCGCCGGGCUCCUGUUCAAUCUGCUGGUGUCAAUCUGCAUCGUGUUCCUCAACAAAUGGAUCUAUGUGCACCACGGUUUCCCCAACAUGAGCCUGACCCUGGUGCACUUUGUGGUCACCUGGCUGGGCUUGUACAUCUGCCAGAAACUGGACAUCUUUGCCCCCAAAAGUCUGCCGCCCACCAAGCUCCUCCUGCUGGCCCUCAGCUUCUGUGGCUUUGUGGUCUUCACCAAUCUCUCUCUGCAGAGCAACACCAUCGGCACCUACCAGCUGGCCAAGGCCAUGACCACGCCGGUGAUCAUAGCCAUCCAGACCUUUUGGUACCAGAAGAGCUUCUCCACCAGAAUCCAGCUCACGCUGAUUCCUAUAACUUUAGGUGUAAUCCUAAAUUCUUAUUACGAUGUGAAGUUUAAUUUCCUUGGAAUGGUGUUUGCUGCUCUUGGUGUGUUAGUUACAUCCCUUUAUCAAGUGUGGGUGGGAGCCAAGCAGCAUGAGCUGCAAGUGAACUCCAUGCAGCUGCUCUACUACCAGGCACCCAUGUCCUCCGCCAUGCUGCUGCUGGCUGUGCCCUGCUUUGAGCCUGUAUUCGGAGAGGGGGGAAUAUUUGGUCCUUGGUCAGCCUCCGCUUUGCUUAUGGUGCUGCUGUCUGGAGUCAUAGCUUUCAUGGUGAACUUGUCAAUUUAUUGGAUCAUUGGGAACACUUCACCAGUCACCUACAACAUGUUUGGACACUUCAAGUUCUGCAUUACCUUAUGUGGAGGAUACGUCUUAUUCAAGGAUCCACUGUCAGUUAAUCAGGGACUUGGCAUUUUGUGUACACUGUUUGGCAUUCUUGCUUAUACCCAUUUUAAACUCAGUGAACCUGAAGUAAGUAAAAGUAAACUGGUACAACGUCCCUGAGUUUGGGUACAAAGAAAGUUAAACCAAGAAGACAAAUCAUGUGAGUUAAUUUCCAAAAUGAAAAACCAUAAUAAUAAUAAUGGUUCAAAAUUCACUGAAUGAUAUACAAAAAGUAAUACAAUUUUUAUUCAGAAA